CUUUUCUUUCCCCUCUCUAUACCCCUACGCUAAAGUUUCGCUUGAAAUGCCUUCGUCUUUCGGCUCGGCUAAAACUCACUUCGGCUUCAGUUGGCCAAAGCGCGGUACGUAAGUGCACACGUUAGGUUAGUACGUAAUAGUCGCUACUGCGAGUUGGUCGUGCUGUUGAAAGUUACGCGCAAGUUGCCAAGCACAAAAACACGUUCAAAAUUCGUCAUCUCGUCUCACUCCUACGCGCGCGUAAAUAUACAAAAACAAAACAAACCAACCACUGGAAAGGAGGGGCCGCUGCAAGCCCAAUGAAAAUGUAUGAAAACAAUCUGGAAGCAAUCAUGUAAAAUUGCGUUGGAAGCAAAUGUCUGGCAAUGGAGCACAUAGCAAGGAAGCGGAACAGGAAUAGGACAUCAAAUUGGCAUUAGAGGUUAACUCGGCUUGUAACAACUGAAUCUUGGGCGCGUGGGCGUGGUCAAUUUGUAGACAGGAACGUCGCAGCAUCGCUGCCAGUGCAACAUAAAAGUCAAUUAAUGUACAGCUGCAACAGCAAUUACAGCGAGCGCCUGUGAAACAGCGAACGUGGCGACAAGCAACAGAGGCAGAUCCUGGCAGAUCCACAAUCCUCUGCCGCCCUUCGCCCGCCACACACACAUACACACCCACACGCACACACAAGACCGGAUAAGCAGCGGAAGCGGCAGGCAACAAAAAUUUCUGCAAAUUACACGCAACGUGAGGCGGAGACUGAGGCUGCUGUUGAGGCAGAGCUCGAGUGGGUGACCCAGUCCACAAGCGAGACGUACGUCCGGUGGAGGCCACAAAAUGACUUUCGUUAACAAGCUGAGCAAAAGCUUCCGCUGGCUGCGCUGCUCGACAUUGUGCGCCAUUUUGUUUUAUAUGUUUUUCAUUGGCCUCAUAUUGCACAGCACCAGCCACAAGCUGCAGCUGCAGCAGCAGCAACAGCAGCAACAGCAGCAACAGCAACAGCAGAGCCCGGCAGAGGCCAAGUCAAUGCUCAAUGAGCACCCUAAUAGCCGCGACCAACAACAACAACAACAACAACAAGAAGCGCUGCAAAAGCAGCAGCAGCAGCAGCAGCAGCAGCAAGAAGAAGAAAAGCAAAAACUGAAGUCGCAGUCGCAGCUGGCCACGAACAAUUUAGUGUUGGGCAAUGCCCAGACGAAGGAGCAGCAGCGACACAAACUGCAGCCGAUAGCUGCUAAUAGAGAAGGGGCAGGAGCAGGAGAACCGGAAGGAAGAGAAGGUGGUGGAAUCGCAGCCAGCAAAACGUCGCAGCCACAGCCCGAAACAGUCAUAUUAGCGGCCAGCAAUGUGAACGAGAAGCAAAUACUUGCAAAAGCUUUCAAGCGCGCGGAUCGAAAUCAUGAUGGACGUCUGUCCAUUCAAGAGCUGGGACAGUACAUCAAUAAACGUAUUGUGGAACACAUAGACAUUGCCAUCAUGAACAAUGCCCGGGAGUUUCGGCGCGUGGACAUUGCGCCGGCCGACGGGCUGAUAACAUGGGAUGAGUACCACCGCUUCUUUCUGCGUGAACAUGGCAUGACCGAGGCGGACAUCGAUGAGCACGAUGAGAUCAGGCAUACGACGUUGAAUCGCAGAGCAAGAGAGGAUAUGAUGAGAGAUAAGGCGCGUUGGUCGGAGGCUGCCCGCACGGAUCUCUUUACACUGACUAUUGAUGAGUAUCUGAGCUUUAGGCAUCCAGAGUCGAGUGUAUCCAAUCUGCUGGAGCUGGUGGAUGAUCUUCUGCGACAGUUCGACCAGGAUGGCGAUGAUCAGCUAACGUUGGAAGAAUUCUCCGACCUCAAUGUGGACGACGAUGAAGAUCUGCUGCGCAAGUCUCUCAUAUCGAAAACUCUCGUGGAACGUCGCGAGGAAUUCAAGCGCAUUAUCGACAGGAAUCACGAUGGCAAAGCCGAUCGUGGCGAGUUACUGAACUAUGUGAAUCCAAAGACACCACGCUAUGCCCUCCAGGAAGCGGCCACAUUAUUCAGCCUUUGCGAUGAAAACAAGGACGAACUGCUAACACUUAAGGAGAUGACUGACAAUGCUGAGAUAUUUUUGCAAUCAAAGAUGAUCGAUACGGCUAACAGUUUUCACACCGAAUUUUAAUCACACUAUCGCACUCUUUUCUUCUACUUGGAGCCGUCUAAGCCCAGCUCACGAUUUCUGGCUAAAAGGACAAAGAAAGAACUAUAGAAUCUU